GUGUUUGCCCCAACUGCUAAGUCUCCAACGCUACGUGUGCUGCUGGCGGUAGCUGCUGUGCGCAAAUGGAAGGUGAAGCAGAUGGACAUCGUAACCGCUUUUCUGUACGGCAUUGUGGAAGAGGAGGUGUACAUGGUUAAACCACCUGGCUAUGAGGAUGGAACCGGUCGUGUCUGCAAACUUAACAAGGCCAUCUAUGGCUUGAAGCAGGCCCCGAGAUGCUGGUACAACAGGCUGGCCAGUGCACUGGAAGGGAUUGGAUUCCGUGCGAGUGCAUGCGACGAGAGCCUGUUCCUGAUGGGAGAGGGGGAGUCACUUCUGCUUCUGCUGGUGUACGUGGAUGACAUCCUGCUCUUCAGCAGCAGUGACAAGGAGAUCGAUGGGGUGCAGCGGAAGCUCACAGAGCAGUUCAAGUGCAAGUCACUUGGAGAGGCAAGGUACUACCUGGGAAUGCAUAUUGAGCGGGAUACUGAACGUGGCUGGCUCAAACUGCAUCAGGGACAGUACAUCAACACCUUGGCUGAGAAGUACUCUCUGCAGGAAGAACGGGAAGUGGUCACACCUUUGCCUUCCGAGUUCAAACUCAUAAAGGCAGCUGAAGGAGAAGGAUGAUAGCAAGGGAGCCAUUGCCAUGGCACGCAAUGCAGUUCUUCAUGGGUUGAACAAGCACAUGAGGAUCAAGUGGCAUUGGCUGCGGAAGGAGGUGAAGCUUGGGACACUCGAUCCGAUCUACGUGAAAACUCAGCAACAGCCAGCCGACUUCCUUACCAAGCGGCUAGCUGAAGAGCCACACUGGCGCUGUGCGAGGAUGGCGGGAAUGUCCUUGAACUAGAGAUGGCGAAACAAGCCGACAGUCUGAGGGGGAGUGUGUUGGUGCAUAUUCGUUUGCACGUCAUCUUGUCGUCUGUUUGCAUCAUUUCGUUGCAUGUGUUUUGUGCGCUACAUUGUUUGUAUGGUUUGUUGGGUUUGCAUGUCUUUGCAUGUUCGUCUUGGGCUUGUGCAGAUGUGCUUGAUUUGUGCAUGACAUCGAGCACAUUCCAACGAGCCAAGAAUUGUUGGAAUCGGAGCACAUAUGAAGAAGUUACGAAGAAAUGUUUGAUGGAUUUGUUACAACUCAUUGGAAGUCCUUGUCAGCUGCUACACCAAAGUUGGAGAGCCCUAUAACGAGGAGGGACCAGCAUGUGUGGGACUUUUGUCCCCACCCUGCAGCUGCAGCAUUUGGGGUUUGGAGGCCAACCUGGUACAGUGUGAAUUUUGUCUUGCCAGGCUGGCUGAACCUGAGGAUGGGGAGUCAAGACUUUGACUCUUGUCAUGUUCUUGACCAUGGGCCUCCAGGGUCCUUCCCUUUCAUCCUUCCCUUCCAUCCCUACCUUCCAACUGUGCUUCAAUGCCUUUUCUAUCAUGCCUCUGAACUUGUAAGCUUCAAUCAGUGUGACUCUGAGGAUUGUCAACUUCUCCUAGGGCAGAUUACCCCCCAGUGCGCCAAUCGCCAUAGCUCGCUCGUUAAGCUACGGAAUCGAGUGAUUCAACUUUCAGUGGAA